AUGGUGAAAACUUACUUUAAAUUCGAGCAUUCGAAUACGUUCGGGCUCAUCGCCUCGGCGUCGUCGAAUGCGAUCUGGGCAAAGGAUGAGCAGACCGCGGGUGCUGGUCGCCAGACUGGCGCUGGUCGGGCAGUGGUGGGUGCCGGUGAGGCGGUCUUGUGCUGGGAUGUCAAGAAGGGAGAAUUGCUCGGCCGCUGGCGCGAUUCGGCCUGCAGGGCACCAGUGACCGUGGUCGCUCAGAGCCAGACGGAUGAAGAUAUCUUCGCAGUCGGCUACGAAGAUGGUAGUAUUCGAAUCUGGGACUCCCGGACUAGCACAAUCAUUAUCUCUUUCAACGGACACAAAUCCGCCAUCACCCAGCUGGCCUUCGACAACGCCGGUGUGCGCCUUGCCAGUGGUUCCAAGGACACUGACAUUAUCGUCUGGGACUUGAUCUCCGAAGUCGGUCUCUUCAAACUUCGCGGACACACCGAUCUCAUUACAUCGCUCCACUUCCUCUUCCCGUCGACAGAGCUCCUCACUGCUUCUGGUCUCGGCGAACACUCGGGCUUCUUGUUGACUACUGGCAAGGAUGCAUUGAUUAAGGUCUGGGAUCUGUCAUCGCAGCACUGUAUUGAAACACAUGUCGCACAGUCCAAUGGCGAGUGCUGGAGCUUGGGUCUUUCACCUGAUCAGGAUGGUUGCAUUACCGCAGGCAAUGACGGAGAGCUCAGAGUUUGGUCGAUUGACGAAAGUGCCAUGCUUGAAAUCUCGAAAGAGAAGGUUGGCGUGGAAGGUCGCAGAAUUCUCACCGACCGAGGAACCUUCUACCGCAACGGUAAGGAUCGCACCCUUAGCAUUCGCUUCCACCCCAAGUUGGACUACGUCGCUUUCCAUGGAUCUGAAAAGGCGGUUGAGAUUUGGCGCAUUCGAUCCUCCACGGAGGUACAAAAGAGCCUUGCACGAAAGAAGAAGAGGAGAAAGGAGAAGGAUGCGCAACGCAAAGAUGGAGAAAACGAGGUCGAAGCGGCCCCAGAGAAGCCCGAGGAUGUCUCCUCUGCGCCUGUCACUGAGGUCUUUGUCUCUCAUGUCAUUGUCCGAACUGGUGGAAAGGUCCGCUCUUUCGACUGGAUGCUGAACAAGUCCAGCAACCUCAACCUCCUUGUGGCGACCACAAACAACCUGCUGGAAGCAUACAGCAUUGUCACGGCGAACAAGAAGAAGAAGGACGAGGAAGAAUCUGAGUACACCCGCAACUUGGCGGUGGAGAUUCCUGGUCACCGAACAGAUGUUCGUUCAAUUGCGUUGAGCUCCGAUGAUCGCAUGCUUGCCUCGGCGUCAAACGGCAGUCUCAAGAUCUGGAAUGUGCGCACAGAAACUUGUCUCCGUACCCUUGAGUGUGGUUAUGCGCUUUGCUCCGCAUUCCUUCCUGGCGACAAGAUCGUGGUUGUUGGAAACAAAAACGGUGAAUUGGAAGUGUACGACAUUGCAUCCUCUACCCUGCUGGAUACCAUCAAGGCACAUGAUGGUUCUAUUUGGUCUCUUCAUGUGCACCCUGACGGCAAGUCUAUGGUCAGUGGAAGUGCAGACAAGACAGCCAAGUUCUGGGAAUUCAAGGUUGUUCAGGAGGAGAUUCCCGGCACAAAGCGCACCACGCCGCGUCUCAGGUUGGUGCACACAAGGAUGCUGAAGGUCAACGACGACAUUCUCAAUCUUCGCUUUUCGCCUGAUGCACGCCUGCUGGCGGUCUCUUUGCUGGACAACACCGUCAAGGUCUUCUUCGUCGAUACUUUGAAACUCUUCCUGAACCUCUACGGCCACAAGCUUCCCGUUCUCAGCAUGGAUAUUUCUUUUGAUAGCAAGCUGAUUGUCACUUGCUCGGCUGAUAAGACUGCUCGUAUCUGGGGAUUGGACUUUGGUGACUCCCACAAGACUUUCUUGGCCGGCGAGGACUCCAUGAUGGCGGUUGCAUUUGUUCCCCACAACAAGGAUGGAAAUGGCCACAACUUCUUCAGUGCAAGCAAGGAUAAGGUCAUCAAGUACUGGGAUGGCGACAAGUUUGAGAAUAUCCAACGACUCACUGGGCACCACGGCGAGGUCUGGGCAUUGGCCAUGGCUCGUUCCGGUGACUUCAUCGUCAGCGCCAGUCACGAUAAGAGCAUUCGUAUCUGGCAGCAGACCGAUGAGCCUCUCUUCCUCGAGGAAGAGCGCGAGAAGGAGAUGGAAGAGGAAUACGAUGCCACCCUUACCGCGUCUCUGGAUCGGGAGGAUGGUGAAGAAGGCGAGAAGGCUGAAGCCGUUGACGCUGGCAAGCAGACUUCUGGUACUCUCAUGGCUGGAGAAAAGAUCAUGGAGGCUUUGGAUUUGGGUAUCGAGGACCUCGCACUUGUGCGCGACUGGCAAAAGGUCAAGGCUGCUAACCCGAAGGCCGCUGACCUGCCGCCCGAUCGCAACCCGCUCUACCUCGCACUGAACAACGUCUCUGCUGAGCGUCAUGUCCUGAACACCGUGCAGAAAGUCCCCGCCGCUGCCCUGCAGGAUGCCCUCCUCGUCCUCCCCUUCUCCAAGCUCGGCGCGCUCUUCACCUUCCUCAACAUCUGGGCCGAGCGCGAAUGGAACAUCCCCCUUACCUGCCGCGUUCUUUUCUUCAUGCUGAAGACACACCAUCGCCAAAUCGUGGCCAGCAAGAUGAUGCGCCCGAUGCUGGAUGAUAUCAGGGUCUCGCUGCGCCGGGUUCUUUCCCGCCAAAAGGACGAGAUGGGCUUCAACCUGUCUGCGCUGCAGUUCAUCGGCAACCAGAUCCGCGAUCACAGCACCAAGGACUUCAUCGAUGAAGAGAACUGGGAGCAGAACGCCCACCAGAAGGGAUCUGGCAAGAAGCGGCAAUUCAUGAGCGUUGCUUAG